CCAGCGCGCAAGCGGGGCGGUGGCGGCGCCGCAGGGGGGGCCAGGAGGGUCCCCAGCCCCCGCCGGCGGACGGCGAGCGCCCUGGGCGCUGGAGGAGCCCGGCCAGAUUAGUAUAUUGGUUGCGAAGAGCCACGGACACUUUGUGCCCUGAUGGGGGACUCAGGAUCCAGACGAUCGACUCUAGUAUCUCGGUUGCCAAUAUUCAGGAGAAGUAUUAGCCGGAGACACGACUCCCUUCCUUCAUCACCUUCUUCUGCUAAUGCCAUUGGUGUCCAUACCUCCUCCCCGUCCAGCACUAACUCCAGCUCAGGGAGCACAGGCAAGCGCCGGAGUAUUUUCCGCACUCCUUCCAUUAGCUUCCAUAACAAGAAAGGGAGUGAGCAGAAGCCUGACUCGGCUAGUCAAAAUGUUAACAUCUCAAAUGGUGCCCAGUCGUGUCUCAGCACUUUUCAAAAACUGAGCUUAGAGGAACACAUUAAAAGCAGAGGAAGGCAUUCAGUUGGCUUUGGCAGCUCGCGUAGCAAGAAGAUAACAAGGUCUUUGACAGACGAUUUUGAAAAAGGAAAGGAGCCCUCAGCUAAUAAGAAUGUCUUUAUAAAUUGCAUAAGCUCUGGGAAGAAUGAGGGUGAUGAUUCAGGCUUUGCAGAGGAGCAGAGCCGAUACUCUGUCAAACAGUCCACGCGAAAACUUCUCCCUAAAUCUUUUUCAUCGCACUACAAAUUUUCCAAACCAGUUCCGGAGAGUCAGUCAGUUUCCUCUGUGCAGCAGUCCAGGUGCUUGCUGGAGGUUAAAUCAUAUGUGGAAAGUGAACCUGUGAUCGCCAAGUCCUCUCCUCCGUGUUCAGCCGAGACGACAGAGUGCAUGGGAAGCUCCUUGCAGUCCCCGCUGCUCUCAGCUGACCUCACGGCUGCCCAGACCCCCUCUGACUUUGUCGCCCUGACAGAGGAUUCUGUUUCGGAGGUUGAUGCUCUGCCCAGCAGUGGGACUGGGGUGGUGCUUGCAGAGGAUUUUGGCCACAAUGUCUCUACCUCUCAGAUCUUCUUUAAUCCUGCUACUGCUCCUGCAGGGGGAACGUAUAUUGUGGAAAGUAAUGGCCAUUCUACUGGUGUAUCUCCUGUGAGUCAUGCAAGCUCGUGUAGUGUUGAAUCUAAUACCUUAUUCAAAACCGCAGCUCCUAAUCAAACAAAAGUAUUGUUGCAAGCCAAUGAACUACAUGUUAACGAUGCCAGGCACAUAGGAGAAAUUAACUCGGCAAAUGCACAUUUAGAAACCUUUGCGUUACAGCACAGAGAAGAACCAGUGAUACUCUCUCCAAAGGCGCAGGGGUUGAGUGGGGACAGAGAUGAAAGCACGCUGUGCAAGCACACAAGAGAGACAAUUCCUGUAAUGGAGUCUAAGAUUGUUCCAUGUUCUGAACCUCAGUCCUUUAAAACACAACAGGGUUAUGAAACAAACCAUUCUAAAGUUGAUCUUGCCAAUAGCUUCAGUCCAUACCGAGAAGGCAGAUUUGUUGAGAAACGACUGAGAUCCUCUUCAGAAGGUACUGCUGGAGGCAGUCGGCUGAUCAUAAAACCAAAGGAUGGAAAUACAGAAGAGCUUAACAGCCUACGGAAGCAGAGAGCAAGCUCAUCCUCUUCAAAAAUGAACAGCAUGGAUGUUUUGAAUAACUUGGGUUCCUGUGAGUUGGAUGAAGAUGACCUAAUGCUUGACUUGGAGCUCCUAGAAGAACAACAUCACCAUCGUUCUGUUUGCCGGGAAGACUCAUACCAGUCGAUAGUCUCAUGUGCUGCUGUAGUACUUACGCCUGUAGAGCCGACAGUGGAUACAAGGAAAAAAGAACAGACAAUAAUGCCCGAUGUGUCUAAACAGAGCCUAUCUCUGAAGCUGUCGAAGGAGGUAGAUCAAGGAGAAGCCAGGUACCCUCGUGUUAGCCAGCUGGCCGGCAGCCCAUCUGUGGAGUGGCCUUUUACUGGUCUGGAAGAAGGCGGAGGCAUUGAAUCUUUGCCCUUCAGAUUGAUGCUGCAAGACUGCACAGCUGUAAAGACAUUGCUUCUGAAAAUGAAGAGGGUUCUUCAGGAGAGUACAGACAUGAGUCCAGCUAGUAGCACCACCUCACUCCCUGUUAGCCCUCUUCCUGAGGAGCCGUUAUUUUUCAAGGAUGGAAUAAAAGAUGAAUGCUCGGUGCUGAAGCUGCAGCUGAAGGAGAGAGAUGAACUCAUAGCCCAACUUCGUGAGGAGCUGGAAAAGGCUCAGUGCUUUCAGAAGGCUCUUGCUUCCCAAGCAGAUAAAUCCACGCAGACAGAACUUGUAGGCCAUGAUGCUACAUAUCCAAACAGAAUGGUGAGCCAAAAUCUCAGCACAAGGGACAGAAAGUCAGCACAUACUCCCACCGAGGACCCUUUUAGAUAUUCAUCAGGCAACCAAGCAACGGCCUAUGAAAGCAAGAGCUGUCAGCUGUCUAAUCUGUGUCUGAGCAACCUCUUAAAAGAGAAGGAGAUUGUGGAAGUCAUCAAGCAUGCUAGAAGCACAUACGAAACCCUCGCUUCAGAAGCCACCCAGAACGGUUUGGCCACCACCACACCAAGCACAGCAAAGCCAGCAUCCAAGGCAGACAGCUAUCCAGUGUUCUCAGGAGCUCCAAAAGACCCAUCAGCUGCACCUCGGCAGCAUACCACUUUCACAGGGAGACUCGGACAGCCUCCGAGGGGACCCAUCUCUUUACACAUGUACAGCAGAAAAAAUGUUUUCCUCCACCACAAUUUACACACAGCAGAGCUACAAACUUUAGGUCAACAAGAUGGGUAACAAGGUGCUUGUAUUCUUGCCAUGGAUUAAAGAGGAACAUAAGCUCACCUAGAGCUCAAUCUUCAGUUUUUAUCUGCUGCUACUUUCAUCUGAAAUAAUAAAGUAAAAAAUUAACGUUGUCUGUAGGUUCCAUACUUUCCUAUCUGGAACUGUGGCAAAAGGAUGAAGUAGACUAGAUUGAUUUGUCAUGCAAAAGUCACCAUGGGUAUAAUAAAUGGGACCAUUUGGCUGGCAUUGCUAGUCCAAUAUUGGCUAAAUAUGUAUAUUUUUUUUCCCUCCAUAAGCCACUAUCAUUCCUGAAGCUCUAGAAGGUGAUCUUAAAUAAUAUGUGUAUGUUUAAUAAUGUUACUGUUAAAGUAGAUGUGAGGAAUGAAUAGAUAAGUAAUUAGUAAACCUUGAAUUUCAUAGAGACUAGGGAAAUAAGGAGUCAGAAAUCUUUGAGGAUCCCCUUUUUACACUUUUUUUUUUAAUACAAUGAGCUUUGCUCACUUGUAGAGGUGUGUUACCGCUUCCUACUGUAUGUAUUUUAUGAAUGCCUCAUGCCACAAGUAGAGGAAGUGACUGAUUUUCCUCUAACAAGGUUCAUAGAGGCUCACCAGGUAUUUGAGUCAGUAAUUGAGUCCCAAACUGAGGAUAUCAACUUGGUUCCUCAACCUUCCCUUCCCUCUCCACACCUUUAUUUAAAUACAUUUGUUCAAGUGGUUUUGGUCUAUGAGGACAUGUCAAGUUGUGGUGAUGUUUGUGCUUUACAGGCACUGUAUCGCUCAUGACACAAUGUGACAUUCUAUGCUAUGUAAUGCAUCAUAUAAUUUCAUUUCACUUCCCAAACCAAAAAAGGGUGAAAGACUAAAGUAAGAGAAAUUGUCUCUUAUUACCCAGUCCAAAUUACCUGGGUAAGUUGUAAUUUCUGUAGACUGUAUCAUCUGCACUUAAUGACCUGGUUUAUACCAACUCAGCGGGUUUGCUAGUCCUGACGUAUUACACACAAGUUAGAUGAAUCUAAUGCUGCCUGACGUGCAGCAUGCUGGUCUCAUGGGAAUAUGAAAUCAUCUGAUCACAGCAUAGAACGUGCAGACUUGUCAGUAACAAAAGAUCCUGUUUUCCCCUUGCAGAGGGCUUGAAAACAGGAAUCUCAGUCAAGUUACUCUAAACAUGUGGCGUAUACUAAACACAACACUUAGUUUACAACCUCUCUGAUGGAGGGUAAUCUGUUUGAAUGAUAAUAGGACAUAUAGUUAGUAGUUUAUAAAUAAUAUGGCACCUUUAAGUACAAUUGAGGCAGAUCUGAGACAGGUCACCUCUCUAACUGGUGAUUAAUAACAAAAGACAAGGGUGCAGCACAUUCUUAGACAAAGAAACAAACCAGUGUGACUUAACUGAAGUAGCAUAUAAUGAAAAAGGAAGCUUCUGCAGCCACUAAAAAUGCUGUAACUUUUAAAAGGUAAGUCACAUAGGGCAUAUAAAAUGAAUUAAUGAUAAAAAGUUUACCUAGUGUUAAAUAUAUCUGCUUAACUACUUAAUAUUUGGAUUAAUACAGUGAUUGGUUAGAUUAAGAAAAAGUUAGACUAUGAGCUUGGCAGAUAUUCUGCAAAGCCUUUUCAGCAGCCUGAACUUUCAGGAUUCUAUUUAUUGAGGUUUCUAAUUUGGUUAGAGCAAAUUUUAUGACAUUAUCUGAUGUUGAAGAGAACAGGUUUUGUCUAAAUAUUCUGUAGUGGUAAUUUGUAUCCAGAGCUGGAUACAUAAGAAUCAAGACAAACAUUUGCCAAACUUCUUCGUGUUCGCGUGUGUUGCUACAGCCAAAACAGAAUGUACAAAAAUUGCAAACAUAGCUUGACCGAAUUAACUAUGGGUAUUCAAGACUCCCAGUCCUGCAUUGAAACUCAUAGUUUAACGUCUACCAAAAAAGUUUAAAAUAGUAGUAACAGAAUUUCACUACUCAGAAUCAUGUUUUCAUCUCAGCAAUCUCUUAAAGUCAUGGUAGGUUGAAAGGACAGUUAGUUCUUACUAACAAUACAUUUCAAUCUUGCUCAUCUCAAGAGUUGAUGUAUGCAAUUAUAUUUCAGAUCUGUAAAUAAAUUAACAUACACUGUAAUCAAGGAUUUUUUUUUUCCAGGAUACAAAUGUACUAUACUACAUUAAAAAAAAAAAAAAAAAAUACAAACCACCAACCAAAAAACCCCUCUUCAGUUUUAACUUA